GUAGAAGGUAAAGCACACCGUCUGAGUGCGGUAUACGUGCUGCCUCUGACAGGCUAAGGACCGACAAUCACUACAUCAGACUUUCGGAAGGGGAGGUCCUCAACGCAGCAUGUCGGUGUUGGCGAAACUGCUGGGCGGCGUUGCUGCCAAGACGCCGUCCCUGCAGCUGGGCCUGGGCCAGCGUGUGGUGCUGGGCGCUGCUCAGCAGUCGGGGCUAUCGGAGUCGCGCGGCUUUGCCUCUGACUCCUACACUGUUAUCGACCACCAGUAUGAUGCAGUAGUUGUCGGUGCUGGUGGUGCUGGCCUGCGUGCCGCUGUGGGCCUGUCGGAGCUGGGCUUCAAGACUGCGUGUAUCACGAAGCUGUUUCCUACUCGCUCACACACCGUGGCUGCGCAGGGCGGCAUCAACGCCGCCCUGGGCAACAUGACGGAGGACGACUGGCGGUGGCACGCCUACGACACUGUUAAGGGCAGCGACUGGCUUGGUGACCAGGAUGCUAUCCACUAUAUGUGCCGGGAGGCUCCUAAGGCUGUGAUUGAGCUGGAGAACUAUGGUCUCCCGUUCUCGCGCACUGAGGAUGGAAAGAUUUACCAGCGCGCUUUCGGUGGCCAGAGCUUGGACUUCGGCAGGGGUGGCCAGGCUUACCGCUGUGCUUGCGCUGCUGACCGCACUGGUCACGCUAUGCUUCACACGCUUUACGGCAUGGCCAUGAAGCAUAACAUCCAGUUCUUCGUCGAGUACUUCGCCAUGGACCUGAUCAUGGACAACGAGGGCGCCUGCCGCGGUGUCAUGGCCAUGUGCAUGGAGGACGGCACCCUGCACCGCUUCCAGUCCCACCAGACCGUUCUGGCCACCGGUGGCUACGGGCGCGCCUACUUCUCCGCCACCUCUGCGCACACCUGCACGGGUGACGGUAACGCCAUGGCCGCCCGCGCCGGCCUGCCGCUGCAGGAUCUCGAGUUCGUGCAGUUCCACCCCACCGGCAUCUACGGUGCGGGCUGCCUGAUCACUGAGGGCUCGCGUGGUGAGGGUGGCAUCCUGCGCAACAGCGAGGGCGAGCGCUUCAUGGAGCGCUAUGCCCCCACCGCCAAGGAUCUGGCCUCGCGUGACGUCGUGUCGCGCGCCAUGACCAUGGAGAUCCGCGAGGGCCGCGGUGUGGGACCCGAGAAGGACCACAUCUACCUGCACCUCAACCACCUGCCCCCUGAGCUGCUGGCUGAGCGCCUGCCCGGCAUCAGUGAGACCGCCGCCAUUUUCGCCGGCGUCGAUGUGACCAAGGAGCCCAUCCCCGUGCUGCCCACCGUGCACUACAACAUGGGUGGCAUCCCCACCAACCACAUGGGUGAGGUGCUGUCCCCCACGCCCGAGAACCCCGACAAGGUCGUGCCCGGCCUGUUCGCUGCGGGUGAGGCGGCCUGCGCCUCCGUGCACGGCGCCAACCGCCUGGGUGCCAACUCGCUGCUGGACAUUGUCGUGUUCGGCCGCGCCUGCGCCAACCGCGUCGGCGAGAUCAUGAAGCCCAACGCGCCGCACAAGCCGCUGCCCGCCGACGCCGGCGAGAACGCCAUUGCCCGCCUGGACAAGCUGCGCAACGCCAAGGGCAACCUGCGCACCGCCGAGAUCCGCCGCAACAUGCAGAGGAUCAUGCAGAACAACGCCGCUGUGUUCCGCACGCAGUCGUCGCUGGAGGAGGGCUGCAAGCUCAUUGACGAGUGCGCUGCCUCGUUCCAGGACGUCAAGACGACGGACCGCGGCCUGGUGUGGAACACCGACCUGAUUGAGACGCUGGAGCUGGAGAACCUGCUCAUCAACGCCGCCAUCACCAUGCACGGCGCCGAGAAGCGCAAGGAGAGCCGCGGCGCGCACGCCCGCGAGGACUUCUCCGGCCGUGACGACGAGAACUGGAUGAAGCACACCCUGGGCUACAAGUCCUCGACCUCGGAGGAUGUCAAGAUCUCGUACCGCCCCGUGCACAUGAAGCCACUGAGCGAGGAGAUGCCGUUCAUCCCGCCCAAGGCCCGCGUGUACUAAGCGCUCUACUUCCUGUGGUCGCGGCGGCGCCCUUCAAGAGGGAUGUUUGUCCGUCCACUGGUUGGGGCAGAUUGUGGGGGACGGCGUUGCCGUCUGGCGUAGGGAGGAUGAAGUUUACUGGAAAACAGGUGGCCUUGGCAUGAGUAUGGGCGGUAUGUUUUUUGCUUUGGCUUUUUGCAAUAAGGGUCCUAAGGCAUCAUCCUUGUGGUGUUGAAGGAGACCCAGUAACGGGCAGCUGCGGCUUGCACGCUUUGUGCAUGGUGCGCGCUGCAUGUGGGCGUGCUGUGUGCAAUGUGUAAGUGUUUGCCCUGCGUUCCGAACGCCUUGUAAGGCAGGAGGGGGUAGGGGACGUGGUCCAACCACUGGCUUAAUUUCUACUUGGUAACGUUUCGGGUUUAGGAAAAGGUUCGAAUGCUGCGGGAACCAAGGGAGCUCGCGAGCACCCGCUUAUCGCUGAUUUUGCAGUUUGGCUGAGAUGGAUGAAACUCCGCGUGUGCUGUGAGACGAAGGGUCAUCCCGUACAGUGUAUCUGACCGGGUCUGGCGCACCUCGCCCACCGUGAGGACGCAUAUCGUCAUGCUGGCGCCAUGUUGCUCGUGAUUGGCUUGCCGAUGUAAGAG